AUCCUCUACCCUUACACUUAAGGGGCCACUAUAAGAAACAAUUCCAGCCCGACCAUGUACAUGACUCUCUAACGACUCCGCUACUAUUCCUAUUUUAACCAUUGAUCCGCCUUGCAGUCGAACCGCCUUGUCGCGACGUUGAACCGCAUUUUGUUUUAACGACAAUUAAUUAUAAACUCACUACUCCAUAUACCAAGCCGAUUCUCCCCGCUCUGAUACGUACGGUAUUCUACGAAUUAUACUAUCUUACGGACCCUCUCUAUAUCACGUAUGCCUACCUAUGAAGUCACGACAUCCACACCGCGCCUAUUUCGUAAACUUCUAUGCGACUAUCACGAAUCCCUCGCGAGUACAACUAGAACAGAGAACGAAACACGACUUACGCCUUCCGCUCCAAGCUCCGUCGCUCUAAUCUGAUCUGAACGUAUUUGUAUACCUCUAGUUUUGCGGCCAACCCCGAUCAGAAGCAUCCAUGAGCGCCGCGUGUAUACAACGUCCCAAAAUGGGUUCUUCGCAACCGCCUGACGGCAAUGCGCCGUUUGGCUAUCAUGUUUCCGAAGACUUCCUAUUUCUUAGAGCCCCUACGCCUCCCCCGGGAGACCCUUUACUCAGUCACGACGACUCUAGACUAUUGAAUUCUUUUUUCGAGGACAUGACGUCUAAUCAAUAUCCCACAUCGUACGGCGAAGGUCUCAACUUUAGUGACCAGUGGAUAAGCCAGCUUCCACCAGCUUUCCUGGGUCAUGCGACAUCCUUCGGGCAGCAACCGCAGCAGCCGUCAGCUUCUUCCAUGAACGGAAUGCCCGCAACUACAUACCAAGAUGUGUUUACUUUUGGCCAAAACAUGAUGCCGCCACCAGUACCACCUCCGCCGCAACCGCUUCUACAACUUCAACAUCCCCCACAACUUCAGCAUCAACACCACAGCACACCAACCCCCCAUACACCGAUCGAGCAGAACACACACGCCGACGUGGCCGCCGUCUUAACAUCCCUUCACCAUGGUCACCAGAAUGGGUAUCCAUCCAGUGUCAAUGGCAUAAAUCGCACACCUAUUGUACCCUCCCAACAUGGAACCGCCGUCGAUCAAGUAAGACAAUCGGUUCGAAACCACAUUGGCCCCGAACGGAAUAGCUCCAUUCGGCCUAGGCACGCUCCGCCUGGCGAGAUCGAUACGCUCUUUACGGACAUGAUGUUCGGAUCCUCUCAGGGAUUACCAAGCCAACGACCGAUCGAGCCGCCCGAAUUACAGUGGGGUUCCGACUCGAGUUUUGCCAGAGCCCAAGGCUACAUUCCACCCGAGCAUGAAUCCAGCGAGCUGCUUGAACAGAAGCGACUGGGCGUUUUGAAAGUUCUCUCAAUUAGUGAAAGUGCAGCGACGACUAGACCCCCAACCCCCGUAGGUAACGGGGAAAGUUCGUCCAAUCCUUUGCGUGAUGGUAAUACGAAUGGUCACGUUAAGGAAGAACUCGACGGAGAAGGUCCACCUGCAAAGCGACGUAAGAGCAAGAGCAAAGCAAAAGAAGAAAUUGAGGAAGAGGCGGAAGACUUAUCAUCUAUACCACCGAGGUCCGUGGCGAGGAAGCGCAAAUCGAAACCAGACCUAAGAGGAACGUCAGAUGCAUCUUCGACAGGCCAAGAGACGCCCGGCAAGCGGAGGAAAUCUACUAUAAGCGCGGCGAAAGCGGCACGAGAAAAUCUUACGGAUGCUCAGAAGAGAGAAAACCACAUUAAGAGUGAGCAAAAAAGAAGAGGUGCAAUAAAAGAGGGGUUCGACGAUCUGAGCGAGAUUGUUCCAAAUCUUAGGGGAGGCGGCUAUAGUAAAAGUACCAUGCUCUCGAUAGCGGGAGAAUGGCUCGAGGCUCUAUUGAAAGGCAACGAGGAGCUGGAACGAUUAUAAUCAUCUGUGUGGCCGAUUCCCCUAUUAUGUUUUCAUGAAUGCGCGAGAGGUCAAGCUGUCAGGGGAACUACGACUUUUAGUGAGCUCGCGAUCUUUUUUAUUACGUCGGAGUUUAACCUGGCCAGGCCUUUUGUUUCGGGUCGUAGCAGGCCGGGUGACGAGAAAAGUUUUUCUAGGCGGGUUAGCCGUGGUUACGGUGGUAUUCUGAUUUAGAUUCGCACCUUGUUUGGGUGCAUCCCUUCGGUUAUUUUAUUGAUACCUCCGGAGUUGUUAUAUAGGUAUGGACUACAGAGACUGGAUCUUUUUUUGCAGGCGGGAUUUUUGUCAUGU